AUGCUUUCACCCUUCAAGAAAUCAAUUGCUGAAACAAUUUCUAGUGUUGCUGGUAUUCCAAUUGAUUUUGCUGAACGAUCAGUUGAGUUAUGUAAAAAGAAAGAGCUCGGAGAUUUUUCUGUUCCUGUAGCAAAGAUUAUUAGACAAAUGAAAACCGAAGAAAAAAAUCCAAAUAUCGUUGCUUCUCAAUUGGCUGAACAAAUUAAACCAAAUGAUAUUAUUUCACGUGUUACUGUUACUGGUCCAUUCUUAAAUUUCGCAAUAAAUAAAAGUGCUCUUACUAAGAUGAUUCUUAAUCAAGUUGCUGAAGAAAAAGAGAAGUUUGGUGGAAGCACAUUAGGAGAAGGACAAAAUGUUAUUGUUGAGUUUUCAUCUCCUAAUAUCGCUAAACCUUUCCAUGCAGGACAUUUGCGUUCUACUAUCAUUGGUAAUUUUAUUGCAAAUAUUCAUAAACUUCUUGGAUUUAAUGUUAUUUCAAUGAAUUGGUUAGGAGAUUGGGGAAGUCAAUUUGGUCUUCUUGCUAUUGGAUUUGAGAAAUAUGGAAGUGAAGAAGAAUUAAAACGAAAUCCAAUCAGACAUUUAUAUGAUGUUUAUGUUAAGAUCAAUGCUGACAAAGCUAAAGAUGAUAAUGUUAGGGCUCAAGGUAAGGAUUUCUUUAAACAUAUGGAAAUGGGAGAUGAGGCUUAUCUUGUAAAAUGGAAGUUAUUCAGGUCAUUAGCCCUUGAAGAUCUUAAGAAGACAUAUGAAAGAUUAAAUGUUUCAUUUGAUAUUUUUACUGGAGAAAGUGAGACUGAUUGGGAAUUAGUUGAUCAAGUUCUUAAAGACCUUGAAGCUAAAGGUAUUUCUAAAAUGGAUAAGGGAUGUUUAAUAGUUGAUUUAGAAAAAUAUAAAUUAGGUAUUGCUUUAUUAAAAAAGGAUGAUGGGUCUACUCUUUAUUUAACUCGUGAUAUUGCUUCUGCUAUUAAGAGACAUAACACAUACUCAUUUAGUAAAUGUUAUUAUGUUGUUGCUACACAACAAACAUUACAUUUUAAACAACUAUUUAAGAUACUUGAAUUAUUAGGAUAUAGUUGGGCUAAAGAGUGUUAUCACAUUAGUUUUGGUAUGGUUAUGGGUAUGUCUACUAGAAGAGGUACUGCUGUAUUUUUACAAGAUAUUCUUGAUGACGCUAAAGCUACAAUGUUAGAAAAUAUGCAAAAGAAUCCAGAAAAGAUUUCAGAGAUUGAUGAAAAUGAACGUGAAACAGUUGCUGAUAAGAUUGGAGUUUCUGCUGUUUUUAUUCAAGACUUUAAUGCUAAAAGAAUUAAAGAUUAUGAAUAUAAUAGAGAAAGAAUGACAUCAUUUGAAGGAUAUACUGGACCUUAUUUACAAUAUGCUCAUGCACGAUGUUGUGGCGUUGAAAGAAAAUCAGGUAUUGAAAUUCCAAAAGCUUCAGAAGUUAAUUUCUCAUUAUUAACAGAAAAAGAAGCAGAGAAUCUUAUAAUGAAUAUUGCUAAGUUUGGUGAUGUUAUUAUGAAUACUUAUCGUAAUCUUGAACCAAAUACACUUGUUUCUUAUUUAUUUGAAUUAUCUCAUGUCAUUGCUUCAGCAUUCUCUACUCUUAGGGUUAAAGGAAGUGAGCCAGAAAUAGCUAAAGCUCGAUUAUUCCUUUUCUAUUGUGCAAGAAUUGUUUUAGGAAAUGGUUUAAGACUCCUUGGAUUAGAGCCAUUAGAAAAGAUGUAA